UUCCAUUUUACACUAGGUUCAACAUGAAGUUAGUAUUGCUCGCUCUGUCUUGUGCCCUGGCACUGUCAUCAGUUCAGGGUCAUUUUUGGAGCCCUUGGUACGACCGGGAUAACCCUUCAGGCCUUGGAGAUUAUGAAAACUUGCAUGCGCAGAAGAAACGAGGUUACGUGUGUGGCGGAUGUAAACCUAUUGCAGCACAGUGUCGCGUAAAGGGGACAACUAAUGUGUUUACGCGCUGGUCUGGCACGGCUCCCAAUAAGUUGGUGAUUCACUGUUCACCUACCAAAGGACUGGUGUGCGUUAACUCCCAGCAGGGCGGGGGAUCCUGCAAAGACUAUGAGAUAAGAUACUUGUGCCCCACUACAAGUGGGUCUUGGACAUCCUUCCUGGACAGAGAUGACCCUAGUGGUACGGGUGACUGGGAGAGCACACGCGCCUUUCGGAGGUUUACCAAAAAUAACCUUUGCGGUGGUCGUCGUACAAUGUGCGCCCAAUGUCGCGCUAAACGCUCCCGCUACCCUUAUUAUAAAACAGGUGACAGGUACAACACUUUCCACGACUGCAACUGGGAGAAUGGGUUGGUCUGCACUACAUCUGUCAACAAGAAGAUCUGCAAGGACUACGAGGUCAGGUUCAAGUGCCCUACGAUAGGUAACAGUAACUGUAGCCGGUGCGCCAAGUGGACGUCCUGGAGGGACAGAGACAAUCCCAGCGGUAGUGGAGACUUUGAAUACGUGGGGAAACGAGGACAUAAUCCGUGCUCCGGUCGUGAACCAAUUGAUAUCCAAUGCCGCGUCAAAGCAACCAAGCAGCGGUGGUAUACGGCGGGCCAGAAGAUCAGAGCCAAGUGCACGCCCUCUGGCGGGCUGGUCUGCGUGAACAGAGAUCAACCAAAUGGACAAUUGUGCAAAGACUACGAAAUCCGCUUCCUGUGUCCCUGA